GCGAGCUCGCUGCGAUGGAGGCGAACCCCUUCGACAUCGAGGCUCAGCGCCGGAUAGAGGAGGCUAUCCAUCAGCAAGCGGUUAUGGAGAACCUUGAGCAUGCGCUUGAGUACUCGCCCGAGGUCUUUGGGCGCGUGACGAUGCUUUAGUAUGUGUGCAUUCCUACUUGGUGUGGCAAGUGGCUAACAGGAAGUAGCAUUCCUAUUGAGGUCAAUGGACACGCUGUAAAGGCCUUCGUAGACAGCGGUGCUCAGUCUACCAUCAUGAGUCCGGAAUGCGCAGAAGCGUGCGGUCUCAUGCGAUUGCUCGACCGUCGCUUCGCCGGCGUUGCCCGCGGCGUCGGCACAGCCCAAAUUCUCGGCCGAAUACACAGCGCGCAGCUCAAACUCGCCGAUCUGUACCUUCCCUGCUCCUUCACGGUCAUGGAGGGCCGCGACGUCGACCUGCUCUUCGGGCUCGACAUGCUCAAGGCGCACCAGGCAUGCAUCGACCUCCAGAAGGACUGCCUGCGCAUCCAGGGUCGCGAGGUGCGCUUCCUCGCGGAGCACGAGCUCCCCGAGAAGGCGCGCUUCAUGAACGCGGGUCUCCCCACCGACGAGGGGACGUCCACGUCCGCGGGCGUCGCGCCUCAGGCGUCGGGCUCGGGCUCGGGUUCUUCAGAGGCGACGCACUUUCCCGGUACAGGUCAGACAAUUGGGGUCGUACCUGCGCCGGCGAGCGCAGGUGCGGGACGUGGUCAGUCUCCUGCGGCAGCCCAGAGCGGGCACUCGCAAGCAGCGAUCGACACCCUGAUGGGCCUCGGUGCAUCCAUGGAACAGGCCAUACAGACACUGGAUGCGGCAGGUGGCAACCUAGAUGUCGCAGCGUCGCUGCUCUUCUAGCUGCAAGUUGAAGAGACAGGCCCAUGAUCUCGAGCGGGUCGGGCUGAAUGGAUAGGACAAGCAGGCAUCAAAACCAAAAGUUGCGUUGUACAUUAUGUAUGGCUAGAUAUACAGCGG